UGUACAGUGUACAGGAGUUUGCCUAACUUAAUCACAGCUAGCUAGCAGUCCGUUUACUAUUCAAGUGGUUAACCAAUUCAAACCAAGAUGGCUAAAAGCAGCGUGGUUCCACUCCUAGAGAUACAUGACGAGUUCAUCACGUGUGAAAUUUGUUUUGAUUAUUUUGACGAUCAGGACAAAUCUCCACGUAUCUUGCCGUGCUUCCACAGUUUCUGCUGCCGAUGUCUGGAGUCGAUUUGGGAGAAGUCACCUGCUGGAGUGAGAUGUCCCAACUGUCUGCAGGUUUGGACUCUUCAGAAUACCAUAUCGACAACAUUUCCAGAAAACAAGGUACUGAAGAAUUUAGUUGAAUAUCUUACAAUGAAAAACAAGGUGGAUGAAAUUAUGUGCCAUGAAUGUCCUGAGAGUUCAAGGGCAACACUGCGUUGUUUGGACUGUCGGGAAUUUAUGUGCGAAGGAUGCGCAAUGUAUCAUAAAAAAUUUGCAAUGCCAAAGGACCACAAGACUAUUUUGAUUAAAGAAUUGGUUAAUAUGCCUCAUGAUGAUUUUUUUCACCAGACCGAUACGUGCAAAAAACACAACAUGGAUAUAGAUUUAUACUGUACGACGUGUUCAACUGAUGUCUGUUCAUCGUGUGUUCAUGUCUCUCAUAGAGACCAUGAGAUAUUGGUUCUCAAAGAUGUAUAUGAAGCAAAUAUGGACCACAUGAAAACAACACUUAGAAAUUUACAAACAUCAUCAAAAAGACCACAUAAGUAUAAAUCAAGACUUUCUAAACAAAAUGCAACUCUAGAUUCGAUGAAAGAAAAUAUUCUAAAACAAAUUGAUGAUUCCUAUGAAGAGAUUAUUCAGAAGUUGUCUGAGAAAAGAAAACAGACGAAAGAGGAUGUCAGUUCAAACAUAGACAAACAAAAAGGUAACAGAAACGAGCAGAUGAAGUUGGUCGAACAGUCAGAAGUCCUGAAGGCGGACAAAGUUCUGCACUGUCAGCAAGCUCUGCAAUUCGCACGAGCUGCAGAAUUUAUAGAAAUGGCUCCGACCCUUGAAGACAAACUUCACUCUAUGACGGAAGGUCCGGAACUGGUUGAUAUUCGUAUACAAGAGGUUACCAUGGAUAAUACAUUUAAACAGAUUGAGAAAAUAAUCGAGAAAACUGGUGUAAUGUGGAAUGGAAUUAUUUUCAACAAAAACGAUCCAGACGAGGAUGUGAUGAAAAGAAUUCUCUUCCCUGUUGAUGGACAGUCAGAACAGUACAGAACACUUCUCUUGCCAACUGUAGAGUUUGACCCACAGAAGACGAACCGGGAGGAGUGUACUAUUAACGAAUCUGGUAUUCUGGUCAACAAACCUUCAGAAGAAGAACAGACUGACCUGACUUCCGGUCUGCAGUGUUUCCUUGGAGUCACAGCCAGGACGCAUGUCCCAACGUCUGGAUGUGCGUUCUGGCAGAUGGAAGUCGACUGCAUGGUGCAUGAAUCGGCUGAAAUAAACCAAGUGGUGGCCGAAGUGUUCGUUUGUCUGGGCGAGCUGUGUGACGCCAGAGCGGCAAUGAUGAACCACAAGCACGCUUGGGGUGUCACUGUAGUCAGCUGCAUAACUCACAACAGUAUAUGUUUAUGUGCUUAUUCUAGAGGAGAGCAGCUGUGCUGUAGUCCUGUGACAGAUUUCGAAACUAACUCACCAUUUAAGAUCACACUCGGGCUGUUGGUAGACAUCGACAACGCCGCUCUCCACAUUAUCCGCGUUGACGACAACACAGUUGUACACUCCAUCCCAAACAUGGACGUGUCGCGGCCGCUGAUGCCGAUGUUUGGUGUUGAUUGGUCUAAUUAUUAUCACGUUAUGGUGAGAGUAUCAUCUGGCACGGAUUUGUCGGUAAAUCAUGAACUGUUGGUCCUUCUCUCGAGUUUACUUAAAUAAAUAAUUGUGGGACGCAAUACAAUUUAAAGUUGUGGAAUCCGGUACCGACUCCCACCCAGAGUGAGUUUCAGGGACACAAUGGGGAGAAGUGUCAUCCUGGUCACUAACCAGCAACACCUGACCGCUGACCCAGACACACAUCCCAGAUAGCUGAGGUGUAGGCCCAGGGCGAGUUUAAACGACCCAGUGGGGAGGUGUGUCUUCCAGGUCACUAACCAGUAAUACCUAACCACUGACCCCUGACCGGACAGACAUCCCAGAUAGCUGAGGUGUAUACCCAGGGCAGCGUUUUUAGAUAUAAGCAUGUAGUGUCACCAUAACGAGUAUACAAUAAGUUUCAAGUGUCUUCGUGGUCAGUACCGGCCUCGGUGGCGUCGUGGUUAGGCCACCGGUCUACAAGCUGGUAGGUACUGGGUUCGGAUCCCAGUCAAGGCAUGGGAAUUUUAAUCCAGAUACCGACUCCAAACCCUGAGUGAGUGC